GACACUUAAGAUGGCCGCCUCCAUGGAGCGGAGGUGUUCCCUCAGCAGGAGUGAGGAGGGCUGCUAGGACGGAGGGAGUUUCGUCAAGCGGCGCCCGCUAAGAUGCUGCGCUGGAGUUUCCCCCGCAGGCCUUGGCGGUCUUUUCUAGCAGGAGGAGGAGGCAGGGAAGCGAGGCAGGCCCGGCGCCUCUUCUCGGGCUCCCCCCGGUCGGGCUCCCACUGGAGCAAAGUGGUCUCGGAGGCGGAGAAGAUCGUGGGCUACCCGACCUCCUUCAUGAGCCUCCGCUGCCUCCUCAGUGACGAGCUCAGCAACAUCGCCAUGCAGGUGCGCAAGCUGGCCGGCACCAAGCACCCGCUCCUCGACACCGCCAGAGGUUUUGUGUCUGAUAGCAGAAACAACCUGCAGAUGAGAGGUCUGGUGGUAUUACUUAUGUCUAAGGCAGCUGGGCCUAGCAUAACAACAGAGAAUUCCCUUCAGAAUGAUAUGAUCAGUGGGAUAUACCCCAGCCAGCGCACUCUGGCAGAGAUUACAGAGUUGAUCCACACCGCUUUCCUGGUACAUCGUGGGAUUGUAAACAUUGGUGAACUGACAUCUUCAGAUGGCCCAUUGAAGGACAUGCAGUUUGGAAAUAAAUUGGCAGUCUUAAGUGGUGAUUUUCUCCUAGCAAAUGCAAGCACAAACCUUGCUACACUACAAAAUACUAAGGUUGUAGAGAUCAUUUCAAGUGCCAUUGGUGAUUUAGUACAAGGAAUAUAUUAUGAAAAUUCAUAUUUAGCAGAGGAAAACGGUUUGACAGAUGACAUUGGAAUAUCAAUUUGGAAAGAACACGUUUUCCUAUCCCAUAGUUCUUUGCUGGCAAAGAGCUGCCAAGCUGCCAUGGAACUGGCAAAACACGACGUGGAGACUCAGAAUAAGGCCUUUAAUUAUGGGAAGCACAUGUCUAUGAGUCGUAAGCUAAAUGUCGACAUUCAGCCAUUUCUUAGUGAAAGCUCUAAUGACUCUCUGGCCUUCAAUUUAAAUUCUGCUCCUGUUAUCUUGCAUCAGGAAUUAAUUGGAAGAGAAACCUGGAUUAAGCAAGUUAAAGAGGCUCGAACUAAAGGGAACUUAAUAGACUACGGUAAGUUGCGAGAGGCAAUCAAGGCUGGCAAAGGUGUGACUUCAGCUAUUGACCUAUGCCGUUUCCAUGGGAACAGAGCGCUGGAGGCUCUGGAGUGCUUCCCUCCCUCCGAGGCCAGAUCUGCUUUGGAAAACAUCGUUUAUGCCGUGACAAGGUGGUCAUGAUGUACCACCGGAAAAAAGAAAAAGAGGCUGUUCUUCAUUUUGCAGAAAUGAGUGGAACGCGUAAUAGUUCUGCAAGAGCCAUUGCUAGGCAUCCAAAUGUGUCAGUGGUGAGCUUUUCUCUCUCUCCUUCUCUCUUCCUUUAAGUGUUUCUGUUCCACUCACCACAUUCCCGAAUGAACAUCCAUCCUUCGGAACUGCUACAAACAAAAUUAGGGAAAAAAAGGUCAAACAGUUUUCACUUGUCAUGCCAGAAGCACACUUGAGGCUGCACCGGUAGAAAUAAUUAAUGAGACUCACUUCUGUGACCUCAGCAAAUGGACAGGAAAUAAGUCCUUAUUGAUUGGACAUAGCCAGGGAUGGCGCCAGUGUGGUGGCCUGUGGUUUUCCUGCGCUGGAGAAGGCAGAGGGGGGCCUGAAGCGGCAGGUGUCGGGAGGGAGGCUUUCCAAACCGACCAGAGAGAGAGAUAGAUGCCUGUUUGAAACCAAAAUUAAUGUGCCAGUUUAUCAACAUGAAGGGCAGCUCGAUAAUUUAGGCAGGGAAAGGAGGGGGUCUUCUUUUUUAUCUUAGCGAUACGCAGCUCUGUCUCCUCAGACUGUUUCUCUAUGUAUUUAAACAUAAAAUUACCCCGCGGUUCAUGUGCUGCUUGUUUGAAAUGGUAUGGUAAGAACUCUGCAAUAUUAAUUUUGAUUCUGUAUAAAAGAACAAUUUUGAAUGUCGAGUUUGUCAAGUCUUCAGUUUGGCUCCAAAGAAUGGAAUUUUAAACUUCCAAGCAAGUGAAAUAGUUGCCUUUUAUAUAUCAUGUCAUUUCUUUUCAACAGAAGCAGGCGCUACAGUUUUACUACAUUUACAAAACAAUGGUUUUGUGCACACAAAAUAAAUGCGUCUUCGUAAGGCUGUGUGAAUUGUCUGAAACAAAGAAUGAAGUUCUCCCCGCCGCCGCCUCCUUCGGUGCAAGAUUUCAUCCUGAAGAGAUGUAUAUUACAUGAGAAGUUUUUUAACCUUACUGCGUCGAAUGUUAAAAGUCCAAUUAUAGGGAGAAUACAAGGUAUAUCAGAAACCUGCAA